UGCAGUCCCGGAAGCGGCGCCGGGAAGCCGCUGGCCGCGCGCGCCGGGGGAGGAAGCGCCGGCCGGUCCGCUCGGCUCGGGUCCGGCUGGGCCAUGGAGUCGUCGCCUGAGCCCGCGGCGCGCUGCCUUCUGCCUCUGCCCUUGCUGCUGCUGCUGCUGCUCCUGCUGCCGAGCCCAGCGCUCCGCCCGAGCCACGCCAGGGCCGAGGAGACCGACUGGGUUCGCCUGCCCAGCAAAUGCGAAGUGUGCAAAUACGUCGCCGUGGAGCUGAAGUCGGCCUUUGAGGAAACUGGCAAGACCAAGGAGGUGAUCGACACGGGCUAUGGCAUCCUGGACCGCAAGGCCUCCGGAGUCAAGUACACCAAGUCCAUUUCAGAGCCCCCAGACCAGAUGACCUAUCUUCCUCCCAGCUCUGACUCCCCGGCUGGAGGGGCGGACGCGAACCCCACUGGGGCUGGGAGGGGGACUCAGUUGCUGUGCUGCUGCUGUCUCGGCAGGGACUUACGGUUAAUCGAAGUCACUGAGACCAUUUGCAAGAGGCUCCUGGACUAUAGCCUGCACAAGGAGAGGACUGGCAGCAACCGGUUUGCCAAGGGCAUGUCCGAGACAUUCGAGACGCUCCACAACCUCGUGCACAAAGGGGUCAAGGUGGUGAUGGACAUCCCCUACGAGCUGUGGAACGAGACCUCUGCAGAGGUGGCCGACCUCAAGAAGCAGUGCGAUGUGCUGGUGGAAGAGUUUGAGGAGGUGAUCGAGGACUGGUACAGGAACCACCAGGAGGAGGACCUGACCGAAUUCCUCUGCGCCAACCACGUGCUGAAGGGCAAGGACACCAGUUGCCUGGCAGAGCAGUGGUCCGGCAAGAAGGGGGACACAGCCGCCCUGGCAGGGAAGAAGUCCAAGAAGAAGAGCAGCAGAGCCAAGGCCUCGGGCAGCAGGAGCAGCAGCAAGCAGAGGAAGGAGCUGGGAGGCCUUGAGGAAGACUCGAGCCCCGAGGAGGAGGAGGGCGUCCAGAAGGCGUCCCCUCUCCCGCACAGCCCCCCUGAUGAGCUUUGAGCCUAGCCCAGCGUGCCCUGUGCCGAGACCCCAGCCUUGACGCCGAGGAGCCAGGGCCGUGGCUCUGGCGAGCAGAGGUGGCCCAGCUUCAGGGCUGCGCCGGAGCUCCUGCUGUGCGUGCUGCCUGCCGAGGAAAGACACAGCCCCGGGACGAACUGAGCAGCUGUGGUUGGCCCCGGGCCGGCCUCUCCCCCACCCAAGCGUUAGCUGACACGGGCUUCGGGCAGGCCAUGCCCGAUGUUUUCAGGACUAUGAGGACUGUGGAGGGCGCUCAGGAGGGCAGGCAGCCGAGCAGGGUGCUGGGACUGCAGCCCUCCAGAGCCUGUGAGCACCCCACCCUCCACCCCGCCCUGCAGCACCCCCCGCUCCUCCUGGGGACACCUUGCGAUCUGCCCAGCCUUCCUCCCUGGGGCUCAGAGUAAAAACCUUUUGGCCUUUG